AUGUUUGAAGAACCAUUACCAUCAUCUGAUGAAGAGUCUUCUCUUCAUGAAUCAGAUACAGGUAAAGAUGAUUCGGCGGACGAUGAUGCGGAUUAUUAUGUAAAUGAAGAGGUUUUGCAAAAUGUGUCCGAAAUUGAAAAUGCAUCGUAA